AUGGGGAAAGACAAGCUGAAGCGCGCAUUUCAUUCGUUGUGCGGUGACUACGGGGAGUUUUUGGAUGAUUUGGCGCAAGCAACGCAUCCGAACGAUGAGCGUAUUGGACUCGCUUUAUUCAAAAUUGAUGAAGCUUAUGCAGCAGCCGAUGGGCUGAGGCAAGAAUCGCAACAAAUUCAAAGGAAGUUGCUAAACGAGCUGUUGAGCAGCUGCCACGAGCUUGAAAGUAUAAUGUUGCGCGUAGAUCUUAUAGAGCGCUUUGUCGGACAGCUGCUACAAACAAUGCGAGAACUUGAGAAACGAAUGGAGAUUAUGAAUCGUGUCGCCAGCUCAGUUUUUUACCCUAGCAAAAGUGUAACCAACUUAUUCCGGUCUUUUUCUGCCAAGCAUGGAAUACCUAAUACGCCUCUAAAUAAUGUCGAGUGGAGCCCGGUAGCGUUCGACUUUGAUACGAAAGAACUCAUGAAUAAGUUGAAGCAGACUGACGCACGAGAGAUCGGCGUCUCUACCUCAUCCUCCUUACAUGAAUCAGCAGUAGAUGCAGGAAGUCAGAUUGCUUGA